AUGGCAGAGGACUCUGGUGUGCUGGAAGGUGCGAUGGAAGAAGACUCUGUGGUGCUGGAAGGUGCCGUGGAAGAAGCCUCGACAGAGCUGAGGGUAAUUGUAGAAGAUGUCUCCAUAGCGAUUGAAGUCGCUGCGACCGAUGACUCCACGAUGCUUGAGAGAGUUGAUGCCUCUACCGCACUGGAGGGCUUCACGACCGGCAAGCUCGCUGUGCUCGAGCAUUUCGUCGAUGUAGAUGAAGGAGUCGCAGUAGUUGAAGGCUUCUUGCUUUUAGUGCAUGAUGUGCUGGUGGAACUGAGCGUCGGCACAUAA